CACACGGAAGUGUAGUCGUUUGUGGCGCGCAGUAAGGAAGCAGAAAAGUUUUGUGUGAAAAUGUCGAGGUUUCUCAAGGCGGUUCAGAAAGAAAUAGAGGAGAAAGAAGAGUCGGAAGUGAAAGAGAGUGACUUUUGGAAAUGGGGACUAAGAGUUACGCUGAGGCCGUACCAGCUGCAUGGUGUGCAGUGGCUCACUCACUGUAUGAAGACUCUGGGAGGCUGCAUCCUGGGGGAUGAAAUGGGUUUAGGUAAAACCUGUCAGGCCAUCAGCUUGAUGGUGUACGCUCAAGGACAUCUCCGCACGAAAAAGCCCUUUCUGGUGCUCUGUCCUCUGACGACUGUAGACAACUGGAUGUAUGAGAUAACGCGUUUCUCCCCCAGCCUGUCUGUGGUGUGGUACAAAGGCGAUAAACACAAAAGAGCCGAGAUUCUCAGAAACAUGGAGAAGAAACCUUUCCACAUCUUCCUGUCUCAUUACGAGAUAUGCCAUAAUGAUGCACCAGCACUAAAAAGGUGGAAAUGGAGUAUCUUGGUUGUGGACGAGGCUCAACGGGUGAAGAAUGAAUUCUCUAAGCUUCACCAAACCCUUACAGAGUUCUCUGCGGACUUCAAACUUUUGCUAACUGGAACUCCAAUCCAGAAUAACCUGCAGGAGGUCUACUCGCUCCUCACCUUCAUCCAGCCCAAUAUUUUUCCACCCGACGCUACAGCGGAGUUUGUGAACACGUAUGCAGAUGUACAGACUCAAAGCUCAAAAGCUAAGGAGCUCCACCAGGUUCUCCAGCCCUUCCUGCUGCGCAGGGUGAAGGCCGAGGUGGAGACGGAACUGCCGAAGAAAAUCGAGGUGGUGCUGUUUCACGGGAUGUCUGCUCUCCAGAAGAAGUACUACAAAGCCAUUCUGAUGAAGGACAUGACUGUUUUUCGACGCGAUCAGGGCAACAAUACCCGGCUCCUGAACACUCUGAUGCAGCUCAGGAAGUGUGUGGGCCACCCCUACCUGUUCGACGGCGUGGAGCCCGAGCCAUUUGAGAUAGGGGAACACUUGGUGGAGGCGAGUGGGAAACUCUCUCUGCUCGACUCGAUGCUUCCCCACCUGCAGGAGGAGGGUCACAACAUUCUGAUGUUCUCUCAGAUGACCAGGAUGCUGGAUAUUGUGCAGGACUACCUAGAGUACAGAGGUUACAGUUAUGAGCGUCUGGAUGGCUCUGUGCGAGCAGAAGAGCGAACGCUCGCCAUCAAGAACUUCAGUGACAACAAGACCUUCAUCUUCCUGCUCAGCACCAAGGCUGGCGGGGUUGGUUUAAACCUGGUAGCAGCCGACACAGUAAUCUUCUUGGACAGUGAUUUCAACCCACAGAACGACCUGCAGGCGGAGGCUCGAGCUCACCGGAUCGGACAGACGAGGAAUGUGAAAGUGAUCCGGUUGUUGGGGAGAGACACGGUGGAGGAGAUCAUUUACUCCCGCGCUCUCUCCAAGCUGCAGCUCACCAACACCGUGAUCAAGGAUGGACAAUUCUCUCUGAUGGACAAGAAUCAGUUUGCUGAUCAGCUACAGUUGAGUGAAAUCCUGAAGUUUGGAGUCCACAAACUGCUGUCGUCAGAUGAGAGCUCGGUUCAGCAAGUGGACGUUCGGGAGAUGCUGGGAGAGUCCAGAGACGGCCAGUGGGUAAUAGACGAGGAGAACCUCAGACCUGCUGAGGAAGAGGAUGAUGAAGAUCAGGAGAGAAAGACUCAUAUGUACAUCUUUGAGGGGACGGACUACUCCAAAAUCCCCAGCAUGGAGGACGAGAAAAGGUUCGAGCUCAUGCUGGGGGAACAGCCCACUUCUCUGGAGGACACUGGGAAAGAGGGACGCAGUCUACGGCACAAAACCGGAGUUUUAUUCUCUGGAGAAUUACCAUCGACGUCGAGACUGAAGAGGCCUCUGACAAAGACGGAGCUGGAAAAGAGGCAACAGAAGAAAGAGGAAAACGCUGCUAAACGAGCCAGGGUUCAGGAAGAGAAGAAGAAGCAGCGUGAGGAGCAGAAAUACAAGAAGAAGAUGGCCUGGUGGGAAUCAUGUGGCUAUAAGUCUCUGUGCCUGCCCUCUGCUGAUAGUGAAGGUGAGGAUGUAGAGGAGGAGGAAGAGGACAUUAGCAGCGUGACCUCUACAGACUCGGACGACAUGGCCAUUCGCUACGUGCUUGGUGACGUCACACACCCUCAGGCUGCGAGCGAGGACGCCAUCAUCGUCCACUGUGUGGAUGAUUCUGGAGGGUGGGGGCGUGGCGGCCUGUUCACGGCUCUGGAGCGCCGGUCAGACGAGGUGAAGAAGCAGUAUGAACUGGCAGGAGAAAUGGAAGACCUGGAGCUGGGGAAUGUGCUGCUGUUUCCUGUAGACGAUAAGCAGUCGAGACUGAGCGGGAGAGACCAUCUGGCUCUGAUCGUCGCUCAGAGGAGAGAUAAAUCCAACAGGCUGUCGGGGAUUUGCCUCACUGCCCUGGACGAGGGGCUGAAGAAGAUCUACAGAGCUGCCAAGCAGAAGAAAGCAAGCGUCCACCUUCCGCGAAUCGGACACGCCACCAAAGGCUUCAACUGGUACGGCACUGAGAGACUGAUACGCAAGCACUUAGCCUCGCGAGGAGUCCCCACCUUCAUAUACUACUACAAGCGUCCAGCCCCUCAGUCCACCACAGCAGCUCCGUCCACGAACACAGCGUCUCCGUCCACCUCGAGCUCAGCGACCAGUCCUCCAGCGCCGCUCUCUCCCAGCUCCUCAUGCUCUCUCAGUCCUCGUGGUCCAUCUGAAGAACGAGCCGUGUCUCCGGAAGCUUCCGGGACGACGUGGCGCAGUGGAGAAGCUUCCGGUUUAGCCGACUUCAUGAAAGGAGUCAGCGUGUUCUUCUACAACGUCGGGGUGACGGAGAGAAAGAAACUCACACGCUACCUCAUCACGUAUGACGGUGAUGAUGAAGAUCUCAUGAGCUCACAGGUCACUCACAUCGUAGCAGAGGUAGAAAGUCCACUUCAUAUCCAGGAGUUACAGGAUAUGUGUCAGCAGUACCCUCAGGCUGUUCUGGUGAAGAAGAAAUGGCUGGAGUCUUGUUUUGCCAAGCAGAGAAAACUCAGCACCUCCAAGUACCUCCUGCAUUUAGAAUAAAUUCAAAUGAUUAUUUUUAAAGUAUAAAAUUUUUUAUUCAAGUUCAAAGUUAAAAAAUGUUCCUCGUUGCUGGUUGUGAAAAUAAAUUAAUUUAUUUCUCUCUUCUAUCUGUCUUUACUCUUAUCAGCUCUUCACCACUCCAAAGUGUUUCUCUGUAAUAAAAAGUAAAAUAAAUUUUUAAUUAUUUUAAA